CUCCUGAUUGGCUCAGAGCUCUCAUCCGGGUACUGCGCGAGAACGGGCUCAUUAGCUAAAGGUACCAAUAUGGCGGAGGCUUCUCUAGGAAGUUCAAGUCCAGUUGGCUCUUUAUCAUCAGAGGAUCAUGAUUUCGAUCCAACUGCAGAAAUGUUAGUUCAUGAAUACGAUGAUGAGAGGACUCUGGAAGACGAAGAGUCUUUGGAUGGUGGAACGAACUUCAGAUCUGAACUUGCCGAUCUGGAGAAGGAAGGGAACAUGCCAUUGGAGGAACUUUUGGCUAUCUAUCGCUACGAGGCCUCAGCAGGAUCCAGCAUAGACAGCUCCUCAGGAGACCUGACUGAUGAGUUGCCAGAUAUGACAUUAGAUAAGGAGGAAAUUGCUAAAGACCUGUUGUCUGGGGAUUAUGAGGAGGAGACUCAGUCCUCUGCUGAUGAUCUGACCCCAUCAGUUACCUCCCAUGAGGCCACAGACUUUUUUCCAAGAACACUUCGAUCCAAUGCUGUCUCUGAUGGUGAUAAAGAGUCAGAGUGUGAUGAACUUGGCCCCAGCCCAGAGGACUCCAGAAAAGAAAUCAUGGUUGGAGCAGAGUACCAAGCAGAUGUUCCUUUUUGCAUCUGUCACUACAAAGAUGGAGAGAAAGUUUAUGAAGAUGAAGAUGAGUUACUAUGGAGCCCAGAUGUCUUAUCAGAAAACAAGGUUAGGAGUUUCCUCUCUGAAGUCUCGUCACGGACAUCAGAAAGAAGGAAAGGAUACGACAAACCGGGGGUGCAUAUUCGAGACGACGAGCAGGCUUUGAACGAACUUGUUAGAUGUAACUACAACACCCGUGAAGCACUAGAACGAUACUGCAGCAACGUAAAGUCCUCUAAAGAAAAAUCCCCUCCGUGGUCAGAGGAGGAAUGCAAGAGCUUUGAGCACGCUCUGCAGAUGUACGACAAGAAUUUCCACCUCAUCCAGAAACACAAAGUCACGACACGAACAGUAGCAGAAUGCGUAGCGUUUUAUUACAUGUGGAAGAAGUCGGAGCGCUUCGACGUGUUUGUGCAGCAGACCCGGUUCGGGAAGAAAAAGUACAGCAGCUAUCCUGGUGUAACUGACCUGAUGGACAGGCUGGUGGAUGAAGCCGAGGGACUGGCAGUGGACAGCUCCUCCUCUGUAUGUUCAGGAGCAGGUGGAGGAGGGAGGAUGGAGACCACAACAGAACAGCAGCUCAGCCUGCUGAACUCCAUCACUGCCAGCGACCUCACAGCUCUGAGCAACACUGUAGCCACAGUAUGCACACCUGCUGAGGUGAGCUGCUUGGACUCCUACAGUUUUCCGCCCUUGGAAAGUCUCCACCGUGGAUCCCUGAACCACGACGAAUCCCUUGGCUUCACUUCAAAUGGCACCAACUCUGAUUGCCUCAACAUGCUCGAUGCCGGGUUCUACCACUCGGACCUGGGGCAGUUUGGGGGAGAGUGUGUCGGUAAGGAUUGCGAGCGGCCGUCCAAGAGACUUAAGAUGACACUGCACGACUCCUUUAUCAACGAUGUUUCUGUCGCCAACCUCGGAGUGGACUUCGAAACACGGCGAACAGCGACGCAUCACAGAAUCACCGGCACCAAGAUGGCCGUGUCCGUCACAGACUUUGGGAGCUUAGCUGGCAGCGGCGAGCCCAAUGGGUUUCUCAGCGCUCACACGCGGCACCACACGCAGCACACUGCAGCACUUCAGUCCGAGUGAUCUUCCUUGUCCUCUUCCUCCGUUCUUCCCUUUUGAAACCUUUUUCCUGCUUGUACAUAAGACUGAUCUCACUGGAAAAUCGGAUUUGUUUAAAUUCUAUUAUAUGUAUGUAUAUCUAUAUAGAUAUAUAUAUAUGUAUAUGAAUAUACUUUGUUUUCAUUUUUGUGUAUUAUGACAUCAGUGAUGUCUAUCAUAUAGAACUAAAAUCUUGAUUUCUUUCAAGAGUUUAUAUAGCCAUUUAUUUUAUUUUUGUUUGCGUUCUCGAGAAGUGUAACAUCCAUGUACAGCAGGCCCAGAAGCUGCAGUAGGAGAGUUGGGAAUCUUUUCUCCCUCACACACACACACACACACACACACACACACCUACCUUCAGAGCUAUCGUUCGUUAGCCUGCCAUUCUUUUCAGCUGCCAAAUUGGUUUCUGCCUCUAGCGUUAGCGGUUAGUUGCCUGUUGUUUGACGUGGUACUUUUUUAUUUAAUACUCUUUCAAUGAAGUUUGGUUUACAGGUACUUUUUGAGUUACCAGAUUGGUGCUGAUGGUUAUAUUUAGAAAUAUCUGGGUACUGUUUUAUGAGCAACACUAGCUUGGAGAGUAGUUCAAAGGUCAGGAAGUGUCAUGGCUUCAGCCCCGUAGGCUGUUUAUUUAUUUUUCCCUACAGAAGCUCUUUCAGAGUUGAGUUUAAUUUAGCUAAACUAGUUGGUUCUAAGAAAAAUCCUGGUUUUAGUUGGUUUUACCAUCAUGCUGUUAAACAAGUGCCGAAGAAUACAAACCAACGUCACUCGAGGUCUCUCGGUUUUAAAAUCUUCCUAGGAGCAAACUAACCGCAAUAAGUCAAUGCAAAGAUUUAGGUUGGGUUAAUAGCCAUUGAAACACUGACAGGUUAAAUUUAGUAUUUAUUUAUUUUGAGACAAUUUAAUCUUUUUGAGUUCUCUCUCUCGUGCUGCUCUUAGGCAGAUUAACUUCAUUUGUCUUGUGAAAAUCUGUUCCUGACUCAAGUAGCCUUUUUUAGUUUUUCCAAGACUACUAGGAAGCAUUUAUUAACCUUCCUAGUAGUAUAUUUAUUUAAAGCCUCUCUUAUGUUUUUUUUUUUUGAAUAAUUCUCUGCUUGGCCUGUACUGACGGAAGAUGCCUUUUAGAAAUCUGGUCUCCAGUUUCUUGAGUAGCAGAAAAGACUGAAUUCUGGUGACGGAGAAGUGUCGAGCAGGUCAGUGUGGGUUUAUUGGAUGCGGUAGUAGUGUUUACUUCAAUUAUCUAUGCAUUGUGCUUUGAGUAUUUAAUUGGUUUCAGGGGGUACGUCAUGUUUGCCGUGUCCAUAGGCGUAGUCCUUUACCUGUGUGCAUCAUCUGGGUUUACACGGCCAGCAUCAGAGAGGCAACGUAACUUCUGCAUUUCAUGUAAAUAAUUAGCAAAUAGCCUUUAAAAAGUCUAUCACCUGACCUCUUACACUUGUGAAUUGGUGUCGAUACAAAGGUUUUCAUUUGAUUCUUUGGCAGAAAGUUAAUGAUUUGUAGAUAUGUACAGACACUUGGGGAUUUUGCGUUUUCCCAUUCCACUCAAAUGUUUCAGUUUCAUUUAGUUUUCGGUUAGUUGCGAUACCCAAACACGUGACACGAGCUGAAACCACGCAUGCCAGCUGUGCCCGUCUCAAGUGUGCCACUGAAAACCGCUUUACCUGAACACGUAUUAUUAACUCACUGUUGCAAUGUCUUUUUAUUUUAUUUUUUUUUGCAUUCGAGGCUUGCCGCCAUGUUGUAAAAGACGGCCGUCUUUCUUUCCUCGGGGAAAAAAAGAAAUCUCGUUUUACAUGUUGUCUAUAUUUGUCUUGGUGGUAAAGGGAAGGCUGCCGCUCUGAGUGUGUGGAGAGCUAGUUUCUCUUUUAAUGCAAUGUGCAUAAUGCAGUAGGUCCUCUGAGCUCUUCUAAGCUUUAGCAGUGCAGUGAUAUUUAUUUCACCUGUGGUUUGUACAAAGAUUAAGAAACCCUGUCAGAAUGUAAAGGCCAUUAAGUAGUACAAGUAGGUUCUCGCCACCCUGUGAACUCAAAUGUGAUAUUUAAUUGAUAUCUCUGGUAUGAGACUUGUGUGUGCAGGAAAGCACUAAACAAAUUUUAUUUUAUAUUUUGUAUUGUGUUUAGAAGUUUAAAAACUUAUAGCAGUCGUGGUUCUGAAAAAGAAAACUCGAGUCAUUUGAAAAACAAAACACCUUUGUGAAUAAAAACCUACAAAACUUAAAUGUAUAUCCAGAAAUAUAGACAAUCAAACUUCAUUAUGAGAAAUGUUUCAGAAGCUAUCUUUAUUGUUUAUAUGAAUUGUACAUAAACAUUGCUGUUUUCUUUUUCUUCUGUUAAACAUUAUUUUGUAUUUUCUGUUGUACUUUAAUACCUUGUGUACAGAUCCAGAAAUAAAACUCUGGAAAAGGUU